AUGUUCUUCUUCAACUCUUCUUAUGCAUUUGGCUAUGGAGCGAACAUCCUGGUGUCUCGACGUCUGGCCAACAUGCCCUAUGUUCUGUGGGUGGCUGCUUUCAACAGUGCCCAGAUUUUGCUUUUCUGCCUCGUGGAGACUCUGUUCUUCCCGUCUGUUCACCGUUCUACCAGCCAACAAGGGGAAAAGGAACGGAACGCCUUUGCCACCAGUCCGAUCCUGCAUGCAUUCAACCGGAGCGGUCUUGCGGUCUUCCUGGCUGCAAAUCUCCUUACCGGCCUUGUGAAUUUGACUGUCCCUACCUUGGACGUCAAAAUGCCACAGGCGAUGGCCAUUUUGGUUCUGUAUACGGGAGUCCUGACUGGUCUCGCUCUGAUCAUGGACAAGUACAAUCUCAAGUUACGUCUGUAG